AUGUCUGAAAAAAAACCAAUUGAAGUGCUCAAGUUCGCUGACAAGGACGGUGCGUAUCGCCGCUUGCCGUCUCAGUUUCGUAACUCCAUCUCCAGGGAACCAGGUGCUGAGUUUCCUCCAGAUUUGAACCGUUACCACCUAUAUGUAUCGCUUGCUUGUCCUUGGGCCCACAGGGUUCUUAUAACGAGACUUUUCAAGGGGCUCACCCAGGCUCUUCCAGUUACUAUUGUGCACUGGCACAUGGACGAGAACGGGUGGAGGUUCCCCACUAAGGAGGAAUUGGCUACUGUGAAGAAUGGUGACAUCUCACUUGGGACUGCUGAACCGUUGUAUGGAUUUGAGAGGUUGAAGCAGUUAUAUUAUAAGGCCAAUCCGGACUACGAUGGCCGCUUCACAGUGCCUGUGUUGUGGGAUAAGCAAAAGGAGACCAUUGUCAACAACGAGAGCUCGGAAAUCAUUCGUAUGCUCAACACUGAGUUUAACGAUUUGUUGCCUGCCGAUUUUGCCGAGGUGGAUUUGUACCCCGAAGAGUUGCGCUCGAAGAUUGAUGAGAUCAACGACUUAGUCUACGAUAAUAUCAACAAUGGUGUUUACAAAACUGGGUUUGCCACGAGUCAGGAUGUUUAUGAGAAGGAGGUGAAGAACGUUUUUGCUCAUUUGGAUAAAGUUGAGGAGAUUCUUAAGAGUAACCAGGAGCAAGACCCCAAGCAUCGCUUUUUGAUCGGGACCACCCUCACAGAGGCUGAUGUACGCUUGUACACCACCAUUGUGCGUUUUGAUCCGGUUUACGUCCAGCAUUUCAAGUGCAAUAUUGGGAUGAUCAGGCAUGACUACCCUUACAUCAACGAAUGGUUGAAGUUGCUCUAUUGGAAAAUUCCUGCGUUCAAGGACUCCACUGAUUUCAGCCAUAUCAAGAAGCACUAUACGAAAUCGCAUAAGGGUAUCAACCCUCAUGGAAUAACGCCUGUGGGUCCUAUUCCAGAUGUGCAGUUGGACUGA